AUGUUGUUACUUUUGUUCUUAUCAGCGGUUACUACAGUAUAUGCACAAAGUUAUGUCAGUGUGCCAACGUCAUAUGGAGUUGUACAAGGUCGUAGGGUAGAUUACGGUAACGACAAGAACCAACUAUACUACGGUCAAGCGGACGUGUUUCUGGGCAUACCCUAUGCUCAAGCGCCAGUUGGGAAUUUGCGGUUUCGACCGCCACGUCAAGCGGAUCCAUACAACACGGUGUACGACGCCACCAACUAUAAACCGAAAUGUCCGCAAGCAAACGCUGGAGGGAUUGUGAACGAGGACUGUCUUUACCUGAAUGUCUUCACGCAGAAGGUAAGCUCGGGAUCAGGAGAAUUUCCUAACAUGGUCAAGCGGAGCUCGCGUCUGUAG